AUGUCUCUUGAUGCAACCACUAGCCCUGAUCCUGCUAUCCAAACCACUAACAAAGUAGCUCAGCGGGACAUCAAAGAUAUUGUUGAAGCCAAGAUUGUGAAUAAUGGCCUCAAUAAAAGCACCGCUGACAAAGUCACAGCUUAUCAUUUUUGA